AUGAAAGACUGUUUCAUGCAAGCUAUAGUGAUUUUUAUAUAUUAUCUUGCUGUACAAUAUCUGGUGACAGCAGAUAAUGCAAGUGGAGAACUCGAAGAUGUAUACUUCAAACUAAAAGUGUACACUGAAAGUAUCAAACAUCUUCAACAACAAAAAAUUCAAACAGAGGAACAGCUUGCAUACGAGCUUCAAGAUGAUGUAAAAGCAUUCCAUGAAGAAGUAAUGAGGCUAGAAAAAUUGUAUGGAGCUAAAUGGAUUUUAGAUCUGUUCAAAAAUAUCAAUCCCAAUGAUGCUAAUUCACUGCAGACCUACUCAGAAAAUUAUGAACGACUAUCUGAUAUAAAGAGCAAUCCAGAUCUUGAUGAAUAUUCCCAUAAAUUAUUAGAAUCUGCAAUAGAGAAGAAGUGGAAUGCGAGAUUAAACUUUGAUCUGGCAACUAAUACAUACUUGAACAUGAAACCUUCUUCCAAAAGCUCUUCUUUGACAGAAAAUAACAGGAAAUCACUUGAUGAAAGAAAAUCAACUCUGCAACAAAUUGAAAAACAAUAUAAAGAGUCUAAAUUACGCGUUAAAAACACAUUUAAGGAAGUGAUUGAAACAGGACUUGCCUUUAGAAAUGUCUGCGACGCUGUUAAAAAGGAUUUACCGAAAUUGAACCCACAACUUAAAGAAAUGCAGAAAAACAUUAGUGAAAUGACAGAACUCUUCGAAGACUACUCUUGGGAUUUAAAGUCAACUGAAGCUGAAGCCAAAAAAACAUUAGAUUCAAACCAACGACAUAAUUUGGAACGUAAAGUUGAAGAUCUUAGGCAGAUAGUCAAGGACUAUAAAGAGCGAAUGAAGGAGUCUAAGAACAACUUAGAUGAUGCUCUUAAUAAAUUACUUUUUGCAAAUCCGGAUGUUAAAGCUGAAGAAGACAAGAACCGUGAUGCCACCAUUAGGUACUUCGAUGCUUCAUAUAACCAUCUUAAAACAUUGACAAAUAUGGAAAUUCAAAGAAUAGAUGUCCUUGAAUUACUUUCAUUAGAAGAAAGAAUGCAAAUCUACGAAAGUAUAAUGCAGGAAGAAAAAAAACCAGAAGAAUGA